AUGGAAACGGAAAAGCAUCAAACGAGCAUCAUGCAGCUGUUCCUUCGUGCCCAGAAUACUCACACCCUUGAGGUGACUGGAGAGGAGACUGUGGGACAGAUCAAGGCUCAUAUCCAGACCUUGGAGGGUCUCUCUGCUGAUGACCAGGUUCUGCUGCUCGCUGGCUGCCCUCUGGAGGAUGACUGUAGCCUUGCUGCCUGCGGCGUCUCUGAGCAUUGUACUCUGGAGGUGGCCGGCAGACUCCUGGGAGGUAAAGUCCAUGGCUCUCUGGCCCGUGCUGGGAAAGUGAGGGGACAGACCCCCAAGGUGGACAAGCAAGAGAAGAAGAAAAAGAAGACUGGCCGUGCCAAGCGUCGUAUCCAGUACAACAGGCGCUUUGUGAACGUGGUGCCCUCAUUCGGCAAGAAGAAGGGACCCAACGCCAACUCCUAA